AUGUCUGUUAUUUUAGUCUCAGCAGGUUAUGAUCACACUAUUCGAUUCUGGGAAGCUCUUACAGGUGUUUGUUCGAGAACUAUCCAACAUCCAGACUCACAGGUUAAUAAGUUGGAAAUUACCAACGACAAAAAACUGCUUGCUGCUGCAGGUUCGAAUAACAUUAAAUUGUAUGAUGUGAACACUUCUAAUUCAAAUCCGAUCGCUUCCUUUGAUGGUCAUAAAAAUAAUGUUACUUCUAUAAAUUUCCAAGUGGAGAACAAGUGGAUGGUGACAUCAAGUGAGGAUAAUACAAUCAAACUGUGGGAUAUUAGAUCUCCAAGCUCACCCAGAACUUAUAAGCAUAAUUGUCCUGUUAAUGAAGUUAUAAUACAUCCAAACCAAGGCGAAUUGAUCUCGUGUGAUAAGGAUGGGAAUAUAAGAAUUUGGGAUUUAGGUGAAAACCAGUGCACUCAUCAAUUGACUCCAGAAGACAACGAUAUCUCUAUACAAUCAAUUUCAUUAGCAAACGAUGGAUCAAUGCUUGUUGCGGCAAAUAAUAAAGGAAAUUGUUAUGUCUGGGAUAUGCCAAAUAAGAUAGACGCAUCAAAUUUGAAACCUAUAACAAAAUUCAAAGCACACGAUUCUUACAUCACAAAAAUUUUGCUUUCUUCAGAUGUGAAGUACAUGGCAACAUGCUCUGCUGACCACACCGCAAGAAUAUGGUCCGUCGAGGAUAACUUUACUUUGGAUAAGACUUUAACAGGCCAUCAGAGAUGGGUAUGGGAUUGUGCUUUUUCUGCAGACAGUGCUUAUUUGGUCACUGCAUCAUCGGACCAUUAUGUUAGAUUAUGGGAUUUAUCAACCAACGAAAUAGUCAGGCAAUACAGUGGACACCAAAAGGGUGCUACUUGCGUAGCAUUAAAUGAUAUUUAA